UACAAAAACAACCAAAAAUAUUUAACUGAUAAAAUUAAUUUGCUGCUGGUUCCAUUCUGAAGAAUAUGGAUUUCACCGUCGAUCCAUGCGACAACUUUUAUGAAUUUUCAUGCGGAUCUUAUCUGAAAUACGAAAACAUUUACGACGAAAAAAUACGUAGUUUUACAAAUUUAGAAAAUUAUAUCCUUUAUUUACAAAAAGAACAGCUGGAGAAACCAGAAAAGUUUAAUGAUCCAGAAUUCGUCAAAAAACUAAAGAAAUAUUAUCAAUCGUGUUUAAAUAAACCUAGCGAUAUGAAACAGGUUAUUCAUGGCAUUUUAAGUGCAGCUAACUUGGACGGUUGGCCACUUUCUGAAAACGAUAAUUCAAAAUCAACAAUGGAAGAAGCUAUAGCACUAGCAUAUGCUUACUAUAGUCCUGGAUAUCUGUUUGGAUUAUAUAGGGAUCAAAACAGCUCUUACAUAACU